AUGCAUAAUCUAAGAAAAUUCAAACAGGCUGUGUAGGACACUCAGGCGCAUUUUUUUUCAGCUAGCAUGCAUAUAUAUCCAACCUCGCCCCGAGGAUUUGUUAGGUUUCUCUUAUUGUCUAAAAGUGUUCAAAACCCUGGGAAGGAGGUAUAUAUCUGUGAAGAAUAUUUUGUAUUGAUUGAUAUUUUAUUUUCAUUAAUUAGCAAACAUUCACCUAACAUCAUAAUAUGAAUUUCGUGCAGAAAUAUUCGUUUACAUCUGAAUAUUCCUCAAAACAAAUUUUGCUACAUUAGCCUUCGGAAAGUACUACCGGAGUGACUAACAUUUGUGUAUCUUGUUAAGCUGUUAUUUUCAUUUGUGAAAGGCUCAGUUGUCAUUGUUUACUUUACGAUUUAACAUAAACAAUAUCGCGAAACAAACUAUGUAUAGCUUUUGUGAGAGUGGUUGUAAAGAAAAAUAAAGAAGUUAAUUAACGACAAAUAAUUGAUUGGAAAGUUGAAAACGGAUUAUAAUGGAUGCUACGAAUUAAAAGUAUAAUUUUAAAAAAAUGGCACAAGAUCCGUUAAGUGAAAAAAAAGUUGCAAUGCAUGACAAUAAAGAAAACAGUCAAAUCGCAGACGAUUGCGAGACAACAACAAGAAAAAGUGUUAGUAUUGAUCGUAUUUUAGAGCAUAUAGGGCAACUUGGUCCGUUUCAGUUAAAAGUAAUGGUGAUUUAUAGCUUAGUUUUAAUUGUGCCCGCCUAUCAGGCAUUAAUCACUGUUUUCAUAAAUGUUUCUCCUUCAUGGAGACGUUCACAAAACAACCACAGUGAAUGCAAUAAUACAAAUAUUUACGAGUCCACUGAUGAAAAGCGAUGUCGUAUGAAUAGAGGAUCAUGGGAAUACGUAACGCCAAAAUCAUUUUCACUUGUAACUCAGUUUGACCUGGUGUGCGACAAAGAUGCAUUUUCGCAUAUAGCAAGCUCAGGAUUAUUUAUUGGUCAAAUGAUAGGAGCCAUUAUGUUUGGUUGGUUGGCUGAUAGGUACGGUCGCAAGAAAAUUAUGUUCUCGUGUUUAUUCUGUUUAUGUGUGGUAUCCUUCAUUUCGAGUUUUUCACCAAAUAUUUGGUGGUUUACUGCAAUGCGAGUGCUUAGCGGAUUCUUUCAUGGUGGUAUCGUCGUCCCACUCAUGGUGCUGUCAGUGGAACUUGUUGGACCAAGAUAUCGAGGUUUUGUUGGAUUAGUCACCUGGAAUUCUUGGACUAUAGCACUUUGCUUUAUGAGCCUUCAAUCCUGGUAUGUUCCAGAAUGGAGAAAAUUGACGAUGUUGUUAUCUAUUCCAUACCUCUUUGUUCCAAUCAUCGGAGCUAUAUGGACUCCUGAAUCAGUACGUUGGUAUCGUUCCCAGCACAUGUUACUAGAAGCUGAAAAGAUUCUUCGUAAAGUUGCACAAGUUAACAAAAAAGUUUAUCCAGCCGUUGCAAGAUUGGAACCAAUUAUAAAAAAGAACUCAUCAGAUGCAUCAUAUAAGGAUUUAUUUUGCACAAUACGUCGCAGUUGGAGGACUCUCUCCUUUUGUUUAAUGUGGUUCACAAACGAUGCUGUAUACUAUGGUGUUUCCAUGGCUGCGAGUGAUUUUGGUGGAAAUCUACAUCGUGAUUUUGUUUUGAUGAGUUUGAUUGAAAUUCCUGUAAAUUUAUCAACAAUUUACAUCAUAAACAAGAUAGGAAGAAAAAAAGGAGCAAUAACAGGCUAUAUCGUUACAAGCACCUCUCUCAUCUUAUUUGGAUGUUUCCUUGCUUUUAACAUUGCAGCGAAUAUUUACAUAAGAAUUGCAAUCGGAUUGAUUGGAAAAGCAUUCGGACUCGUUAGUUGGUGUGCAUGUGAAAUUUGGUCUGCCGAACUAUACCCUACAAAUAUUAGGUCACAUGCAUUGGGUUUGCUUUACGUACUCAGUCAAAUGGGUGCUUCAAGCUCGCCAUGGAUAUCACAAUGGAUGAAAAAAUUUCACGUUGCUAUUCCCUCUUUUACUAUUGGUGGAUUAGCGUUACUGUCGUGCGUAUUGGCAACUACUUUGCCGGAAACAAAAAAUAUUGAGAUAUCAGAUACUGCUGAAAUAAACAAAGAUAGUGUUGUUGAUGAAGAUGAAGUAACUAUGACCACCGUGAUCUAGUCAAGCGUAUCAGAGAAAGAACUUUAAGAUACACAAAAAAAACACUUUUUUCAGAAUGAUUUUGUUGUCUUUAACUAAUGAAUUCUGAUAUAUGGUGCGUGGGUUCAAAGCGAUUUGUGAGUCUUAAGGCGUAUACAAUACAUAUGCGCACUCUUGUUUACACUCAACCUCAACCCCAAGGAUUCAUUGUUUUUCAAAAGCCCUGGUGUCGAGGUUGGUGUUCACAGUCUGAUAUCAAUUUUUUAGACUUUUUUAAUUAGUAGCUCCUGUAGAUAGCACGGUGUAGUUUUAUUUAGUAUUAAUUUAAGAAAGCAUGGUAACAUGGUAUUUCCAAAAAUAUUAUCUUUAUUUUAAAUAAA